UUGUUUUUCGAUGUCGGUUAGUGAAAGUUUUUAAUUUUGAAACUUGUUUUGCGUAUUUUCCAAAAGUUGAUCACAUUCAAUAAAUGCCAAAAUAGUCUAUUCAAAGCUUGAUCAGUUUAUCAGUUUAUGAAGUGUUUUUUGGCCCAGCUGGUUAGCUGAAAUAAACAGUAGCCAUGCAUUCAAUAGUGGGUAGAGUUCCGUGCUCACCAAUACUGUGUGACGUCAGGCGCCCGCAGUGUUGGUCGGUAAAGAAGAGCAAUGGUUAUAAUCCGAGUCGUUGCAAGCGGGGCCUGCGUACGAAAAUUAUCGACGAAAAGUGCCAGAGAUUAGAACUAAUACAGCAAUUGGAUGUUUGCUACAAUGAACUGAGUAAAGUGAUCAUGGCAGAAUUACCACAACGCACCGAGGAUGAUGCUGAACUAUCGGCGGAAAUGGAACAGCGAGAAAGGAUUAACAGGGAACUGCGCAACGAUGCGCACGAACUGUUAGAAAUCACGCGCGCAUCUAUUGACGCGUUCAAUGGAAGCGAUUUACAGAAACAAUCAUACAACAGUAUGUAUGGAAAACUUGAGAUUAUGUGCAGAGAUCGCACAAAAAGGUUAAAAACGUCAACACUUCAAAUGGUCAUCAAAACCUUAAACGAGCUGCGUGUAAAGAUAGAAAGGAGAACUAGUCAGCUGGCUGUUAUCAAUGCUGCUCCAGCUACUAUUCGCUGCUCCUCUGCUAGCAAUGCUGCUCCAACCAAUAUUCAGGUAAUCCCAGUCACGACAGCUACCCCAGUCACGACAGCUACCCCAGUCACGACAGCAAGCCCCACUAUGACAGCGUCCCCUGUAACAGCAGCUUCAACUGUUACGAUAGCUACCCCAGCUUCCACAGAUACCACAGCAGCCAUAGCUACUCGAGCUACACUUGCUACCACGGCUGCCUCUCCCACCAGAACAAGUCCAGCUACAACAAAUACUUCAGCUACACUUUCUACCACGGCUACCUCUGACACCACGACAAGUCCAGCUACAUCGAAUAUUCCAGCUUCAACGGAUACCCCAGUUAUCACAGUUUCUGAAGAACCUACUCAUUCAACUGCAGUUCCCUCUCAUUCGGUAACGGCUGACCAACAAAACAACACUAGUUCCUGUAAGCAAAAAGGUGAUGUUGCAGUUCCAGCUUCCCCAGACAAAUUAAUUGGCGAAACGCAUGUUCUAGGAAAAGCUACCAAGGCUCUUGUAGACAGUAAUAAUGUCGAAGUUACUGCUAGUGUUGACAAGGUCCAAAACCAGGAACCGGCAGUACAAAGAGUUAUUUUAACAGAAGCACAGCGACUUCAACAAAAGGAACAAAUACCUUGGCGAUGCCCCAAGAGAUUAGUUUUUGUUGAAGAAAAAAAAUCAAAAACGAUUGCAACAUCCAACCCGCCUAAGAGUCAAUCGGCAUCCGACAGGGAAAGGCAAUCUUCCAACCAAAAGGAGCUAGAAAGAUUGGCUCUCAAAUAUAAUCCCAGAAAACGUACGAGCGAUGAACGAAGUGACUCUGAGACUCAGUUCAAAAAACCCCUCCUGGAUACGAGGCCUGGACAGUCCAGCUUUAAAAGACCGAUGGAUCCGGACUUUUUCAAGAGCAGUGACAACCGUCAGCCUCAAAGGCCGUUAUUCCAGCGUCGUCAUCAGUUAACUCCAAAGGUUCAGACAACAUAUACAAACAGAGACCCUCGGACGUAUGGAGAAUACUGCCAGCGCAGACGAGAACAGUAUCAGACAAGAUUUGAAAAUCAGAAUCAGCAGUACUUUGGUCAUCGCCACUCGAAUCUAAGUUCAGGUCCUGCUCAACAUCAAGGUAGUACCAUAGUAGGUACAGCGCACCCGUUCGUAGCUCCACAACCUCAGGUGUCUCCGCAAUCAAAUAUUAAAUCUCCUGCGUCGACAACCCCGAAAACUGUUGAUUUACUAUCGACGCCAGUUGUGCAACAACAACAGCAGAAACCCCUUGAACACUCAACCAAAACUGUAACAAAAGCAACAGAGAAGGAUGCGAAGUCUGCAGCUCCCCCAAGAGCGUCGGUUCAGCCUACGCGUAUUCCGACGAAGAAUACCGGACCAACUAAACCCGAAGCUGCAAAAAAACAAAUCAAUCCUAUUUAUGCCAACGAAGACAAAAUUCGUCUUGGUAAAAAAGAUCCUCUUGUUCGCGAUCCUCGAAUUCGAGAAAAAUCGGUUGAUGAAGAGAAAACGGAAAAGCAACAUGAAGCUACUAACAGCGCAGACCCUAAAGAUAAAAUUGAAGUUUCUGCAAAGAAAGAUGAUGUUUUGGAAAAUAAACUAAAUGAGGACGGAUUUGCUUUGUUUACGGCUUUGUUAAAAAAUUAUGGAGUUGAUGAACAUAAGAUAAAAAAAAUACAGUCAGAAGUCUUUGUCGAUGAACAACAAUCGAAUUCGAAUGCCAACGAAAAAUCCGUUUCUGCCGAUAAAGAGAAAUCGAAUAAGGAAGCUAACAAAGAAAAAGAAAAGGUAGACAAGAAGGGUAAAAAGUUUAAACGUAUACAAUCGAAACCGGAAAGUUCGUCUUCGGAAGACGAAAUAAACAAAAAUGAAUCUGUUUCUCAGAAAAAGACCAAGUCCAAAGGUGGCAAACGUGCUUCCGGUGGAUGUCGUGAAGUGAGUAUUCUCAUCGAAAAUGCAUACGAUUUUAUGUCAAAAGGAGAAAUGUCUCACACUCGCCGUCGCGCAACAAAUUCCUCAGGAUCCAUCCCAACUUUCCAGAGUGCAGUCGAAAAAUCAUCGGACAAUUCGCGAUCGGCUAUUUCAUCCGAUGAAGAAAACACGACUGGUCCGCAAGUUGCUAAAAAUAAAUCCGAUGAAGAAGACUCCUUGUUAACCGUUGCUAAGUCCCCACCUAUAAUCACAAAAGGAAAACAAAAACAAAAGGAGACAACUAUUGUGUACAACGAUAAAAAAUCUGUACAUUACAAUAGUAGUUAUUCGAGCAAUUGUGCGUUGUGCUCCUUCAAUGGGUCAGCAAUUGUCGAUCAUUAUGUGUACGAUCACAAAAAAUACGAAGUAUUUGUGAGUCGUGUAUCGCCCAAAAUGGCCGAAAUCAUUCGAACGGAUCCUUUUGUUACCAACGGUAUUGUAGUAAAUGAAGACUCGGAAAAGGAAGCUAUAAAAUUCAAGUGUUAUUUCUGUCUGGAAUCGAAGGAAAUGACGCGAGCAGGAUGGAUUGAGCAUUUGGCUGGACACACCGGUGAAUAUCGUUAUCGAUGCACGAGUUGUCCGGUAAUGUCCCAAAAAGAGGAACUAGGAAGUGACUUUUUCCACGACAAAAAAUGUUUGAAACCUUCCUUAGCGGUUUACAAUAAUAUAGAAUUCCAGGACAAUCACGUGUUUGGUUUUAUCUGCGAUGUCUGCAAUUAUAUUCAAAUUCGUAGAGUAAACAUGGAACGACACUUGAAACGUGAACACCCUUCAACCGAUGUUACCUGUACAAGAUUCAGUAUUCUUAAUCAUAAAGUGGAAACAAAGCCAAUCAUUGACGAGGAAAAACUAAUGGCGAUGGCUGCCGCAGCGCAGGCACAGAACAUUUGCGCUACAGUAUCCAUUCCAUUCAAUCCAAAACAAGAGCCGAUGGAUACUUGCGAAAUUGUUAAUCUACCCUUCACCGAAGACGACGAGACGGCAGAAGCUGAAAGUAGCGCAAUUCGGAAUCAUCGUUCUCAUAUGAGACUCGAAUCCGUGCAUCUAGGAUCAGUAGGAGAUAUGCACAGCAACCUCGAUCACAGACCGUUCUCAUUUAAGUUCGAACAGGAACUGCAAGGAUCACAAGUUAGUUCUAGUGAUGUCGUUUGUAACGAAUCACCCAUGUCUCCAGAAGCAACUCCAAUGAUGGAAACAUCGGAAGCAGAAUCUAUCAUACCGGUAAUAACAAUCCAAUCGGUGCAAGGUGGGUUCGAUAUGAGCAACAUCUUUUGCAAAGAAGAAAAAACAGAUGAAGGUGGAUAUGACACUGAUGAUACAUGCGAUUGGGACAUGUCGGAUUGCAACGCCGAGGAGGGUCGUCAGGUAGCAGGAACAUCAAACAGUGGAGAAAAACAAAAAGGUAGCGAUACUGCGGCGCAUGAAACGGGCACAAGUAGUGCUAAUUCGUCAGCUGAAGGUGUACAAACUAAUGUUCCAGCUGGUGGUAGCGCGGGAGCUUCGGGGUCAGGUGAUGGUGAUGAGGAUAAAAACCCGAGAAAAGAAGUAUUUGAAACUCCUAUCAAAAUCAAAGACGAGCAGACGGAAGAGGAAAAGAAGAAAAAGAAAAAGGAGCAGACAAAUGCAAAUUUGUCAACCUCGCUAGAAAAUAUUGUCAUUAAAAGUGAACCUGCAGAUGACGAACCGCAAUCUGCCGAAGGAAACUUUGAUUUUGUGGAAUUGGUUCUGGACAGCACUCGUAUUGAACAUGUGGCUUUUGUUGAACAUGAGUCAGAAAUACUGUACCUUUGUCUCAUGCCUGGAUGCCGAUUCGUCUGCCGAAAUGCGUUUGAUUUUUCCAAACAUAUUUCUCGGAAACACGCUCAGGUUACCUGGGAUGGAUAUUGCCAUCCUUGCCAGUCUCAAAUUUUAAUUAUGGAUAAUAUCCCGAUAUCCAGCGAAGCGCAACAUCUUUUGGAAGUUCAUGCAAGGAGGAAAACGCCUGUACCGGAUAUACAACCUUCUAUAUCAAACGUUCUACGGAUUCGUAAAAUGCCUGGGGACACGCUAUCUGUUCUGGAAAAUGCUCCUCCACCACUAGCUCCAAUACUGUCUCCUAUAGCUGGUCAAAAUCCGCAUUUGGCAGGUCUUUCCGCCAUGCAAGCUGGUCCACCACCAGCUCCCUUCAUAAUUCAAUCGGGCACCACCAUCACACCGGUAGUGUCAUCACCAUCUACAAUAUUACCAGCCACACACACAAUCGCCGCACAAAUUAGGCCAGUAAUGACGGUGACAGCGAUUCCUGUUUCGCAAGCAGUUCCUAAUAUCACAGCUUCCGUAAACAGUACAACUACUGUGAGCGCCAUAAAUACAACCGCCAAGCCAGUUUUCAACAUCAAAGCAUCAGGUACAGUUCGUCUGAAACCCUGGACCAACAUGGUUACCACGAAGAACCAGGAUCAUUGUCGCAGUAUGCUACAAGAAAUUAGUUUGUUAUGCCUAUACAAAUGCAUGGCUCGGCAUUGUGCUUUUACUAGCAAUAAUCGGUUCUUCAUGGAACAGCAUCUCACUUUACACGAAGAAAUGUACAACGCCAGACCAGAGAGUCGAACUCGCAAAUGUUGGCUAGAAUGCGCAUAUUGUGACCUGAUUGCCGCCAAUACAAUCGUCCUCUUGUCGCACAUCGAUUCAGAACAUUCAAAUUGCGGUUUCCAGUGCAACAUGUGUUUUUAUCGCAGCAGAGACCCAACCAACGUUGUUGUUCAUCAAAAGUCCUAUCAUCCUAACAUCGAAUCUACGAAGGUUAUUCUGAUCAUGCCGGACAAUUUGAAAAGCUUCGGAGAUGAGGAGUGGUCUGCGAUGCAGUCGUCGCUGCGGAAGAACGUACUUCCGCUGAUUUGUACCGUCUGUAGACAAUCUUAUUACAUCCUCUCGGCUUUCAUGAACCACUUGGAGAAGGAACAUGCCCAGCUGAUGAUAAACUGCCAGGUUUGUAACAUGCACAUUGACAAGAAAGUAAUACCCCGACAUCUUUUGCUCCACUCGAUGGGUCUAUACGAGUGUGUGUACUGUCUGUUCGGAUCCAAUACGAAGUCUACCAUGGCCCUCCACGUGAGCAACGCACACAGCUCGAAACCCUUGUACUGUUGCGUUCGAUAUAACAAAGCGCGCCCAGACGGUGUUUUGUACCCACCGAACCAGAUAGAGUCUAUGGAGCUGAAAACCAUGAGCUGUAACGUUUCUCCAGAUCUUUUUAAGCGAUGCACAUAUUCACAGGCUGAGUUGAAUUAUAAGCCAAUUGAUUUGGAUGCAAAUUUUUCAAUGUCCUACGAUAAACCACCAUCGAUCGCAUCAACGAGUAUAUCUGCAGAGGUAUCAGCAGUCACAGGAGCGCCAGUUUCGUCAUCUACGCCAUCGACUGGAGCACCCGGAACAGGGGCACCUAAUAUUCAAAUACAAAUAACAGAUGAAGCUGGGCGACCUCUUAUCAUCUCGAUACCGGUGCGAAAUGCCGGCACACCAUCUUCAGGACUCACAGCUGUUCCUACUAGUGUGCCCAGCACUCCAGCAAUUCCGCCACCUCCUACAUUGAUAGCUGCACCAUCGAAUUCCAGCAAUAAUUUUGGAGGAAGCCCUAAACCACCACCACCACUUAUCAUUAGCCAAGCGGGAACUCUUGUUGGAUCGAUAGGCAGUCCCGCCGCAAAUUCAUCAGGAAUCACCCAAAUGAUAGCUUCUCCACCAAACGCCUCAACUUCGGGUUUCCCUAAAAUUCACAGUGUUCAGUCUUUACCAAUCACUAAUGCAACAAACAAUCAAACCAUUCAAUUGCCGCUCAUAACAACAGUUCAAGGAGGUGUUCGAACAAUACCAGGUACAGCCACUACACUUCCGGUUAUCAGUCAUGUUCAAGGUGCUGUGGCCACGUUGAAACCGAUUGAUAACAUACCCCGGAAUGACGGUUUGCCAGUUAUCAGCAAUGUUCAAAGUGUGGCAUCAUCAAGUCAGUUUGUAACAAAAGACGAGGUCUCGUCCGCAACGCAAAAUCUGAACCCACCCGUGACUCAAGGCACAAAUGAUGUGAAACCAGUUAUUGCCACAGUCACAUCUUCCUGUGACUCGAAUACUCUACCAGUCAUUCAGUCGGUUGCUACUAUAACUCCCAUAAUACAGUCCGUUACAUCUGGCACGCCGAUUAUAAAGUCGGUUACCUCAAUAGCCGCCCAGAACACGGACAUGUAUACCACAACUGUGGCUGAAGCUGAUACACAAUCCAAUCAAAAUGAUGAUUCCGACUCAGAAGUCGAGGUCCAAGAUUCUUCAAGCCCUUCAACAGUUAGCACUCCGGCUCCAAUGGUAGCAGGCGCCCAGAAACUUCUGUCCACCCAGAUUCGUAUCGAUUUCCUCUUCAAGGGUAACUUGGAAAAGUUUGAUCGGCUUGAGCGUAAGGUCCAACAAAUGUUGAAACAUACAGGAUAUUCCGGGAAUGCAUUGAACAUUUGUGGCAUCGACAAAUGCAAUGAAAGCUAUAGCGAUCCAGUCAAAUUGAAUCUUCACCUGCUGAAGCAUCAGCUGUCGGUGGCGGGAGCUGAGACAGCACGCUUCCGCUGUCGUCAUUGUUCGGACCAAUAUCAUACUGCACACGAGCUCGUUACGCACAUAAAAUCGCACGCCAUGCACCGAUACAUGUGUUUCCUGUGCGAUGAGAAAAACAACAUACUAAAGCUGAUGAUCAUGCACAUGCAGAAUACCCACGAUAGCAGGGAAGUCAUACUAACUUAUCUGCAUCCGAAGAAGCGGGAUAUCCACAAUGACCUGGUAGUCGUUUGUCCCCAAGAUGUCACCAGUAGUCAGCUACAGGAUUACGUCGAGGACAUUUUAGCUGGCAAAGAGAGGAAAAAGUAUGGUCCAGCCGAUGUGAAUAAUCUCCCGCCAGUUGACAUUUUUACCGAUGAUAUAAGUUGUGCUCUCUGUAAAUACAGCACUAAGGUAAAGAAAAAUUUGGUGCGUCAUCUGAAAAAGCAUUCAUCAGAAAAAAAGCCUUCGGAAUCUGCGGUAGAGAAACCACCAGAAAUAGUAUUGACGGUACCUCAUCAUGUAGAUUCAUCCAAAUUGUACAAGUGUGGUAUCUGUCGAUUUGAUAGUCGUUCAUUGGUUGAAUUCCGAAGUCAUAUUGGCCGAGUACACCAGGGCGAAAGACGUUACACUUGCGUGCACUGCAAUACUAUUCUGUGUGAUGAUUUAAUAUGCAUUGAUAUUAUUGAAAAUCACCUCAAGCAGCAUGGGGAAAAUUUGUUCAAAUGUGGUGGAUGUACAUACUAUGAUCAUGACAAGAACAUGCUUAAGAAUCACAUCAAAACAACCCACAAAGAGGAGCCGCAGGUCACGAUUGAAACUAUUCGAGAAAAAUACCAAAAAGUUGCCCCGGAUGUGGAAUGGAUUUGUGACCUCUGUGAAACUGUACGACCUACACGGGCAUCUAUGGUUCUUCAUAUGACUAAUGAUCAUAAACUUACCGACAAUCAAUUCAAAUGUUCACAGUGUUCGUACAAAUCAUCUGAUCAUGGAUCGUUUGGGGCACAUUUUGCAGACGCUCAUCCGAAGAGUGAAGUUUCAACAAUUUCUUUGUUCCACUCCGCUCCCAUCUCGAACAGACCCAACGAGCUACAGGACCCGGAAUGCCUGCUGAUUGAACGGGAACCAAUAACGGUGCGGAAAAGGUACACCUGUGGCCACGAAGACUGCUACUCUUCAUUUGACAGGCCAGAAUUGGCCAGAGAUCACUUUCUGGAUCACCAUCCUGAUCAGGCUUUAGUGGUUUUCGACGAAACCGGAAUUGAGAAAGAGAAACGCCGGCGAUAUGACUAUUUUAUCAAAUACGUUUGCAACUUUUGCCAGCUUCAGUGUGAUACAUGCGAUGAUCUAAUCGAACACUGGUACAAGGAGCAUAAGGAUGAAAGUGGGAAAAACAUGCUCAUGUUCAAACUGUUUAAAAUGGUUCGUUGUUUUCACUGUGACCAUUUUGCCACAUAUCACGAUAUGAAAGAGCACAUCACAACUAAACACCCCCUUGAAACAUUUGCUUGCGUCGAUUAUCAAAAUGUCGUCAAAUGUGGUGAAUGUCCGUUUGUUUUGUCUAGUGGUGAAAUGAAAGACAUGCUCAAACACUUCAAAACGUACCACAGCAAUAGCAACUAUGAAGAUCCUUGUGACUACAUUGACGACGAAUUCUUAAAUCAGUUGCUAGAGCACAACAACGACAGGUACAAAUGUAACCACUGCAAAAUAGUUUACGAUAGUCGAUUUUCUUACGAGAAUCAUAUCGAUGUGUGCAAAUUUGUCGGAUUACCUACUAGUUUUUCUGUAUUGCCAAAAGAUUUUAACAUUCGAUAUAUUUGUGACUGCAGACAAAUAGUAGAUAGUGAGUAUGAAAUUGCCAAACAUAUACGUCAGCACUUUGCUCUCUACAACUGUAGCUACUGCAAACGUGAGUUCAAAAAGUUGGAACUCCUGAAUCGACAUCAAGUUUUGGUGCACGAUGCUUGUGACGUUGAAUUCCGACGGAAGAAUUUAGAUGAUUUCCGUGGCGUGUUUCUUAAAACAAAGAUGCUUUUCCCCAAUGGGUUAAUAUUGAGUAAAGUUGACAUCCACCGUACCUCUUACGGCUCGAUAGAAGAUAUUAUCAAUUACGCACACGCCUUCAGCAAACAAGAGAUGGCAGCCCUCCGGUUUAGUCGUGACAUUCUCAUGCCUUUGCACUACGAAAAUGAUGACGGAGACCUGAUGCAGGUAUCUUGUAAGGCUUUCCUAGAAGCUAAAUCCAGCAGCAUGCUUCUCGAACUGACGAAACUAACUUCGAGCCAAGUGGACGAAAUUCAAGAACAAUUGUACUUGAUACAAAAGGUAUCGCACAACACUGAUGCACCUCAACGUCGGAAAAGAGGCCGGCAGUGGAAAAGCUAUGUUCCUUCUAGUAGCAGUGCCGAUGAUCAGGAGGAUGAAGAUUGGAGACCUAUACGACGGACUUCUAAAAAAAUCAGAACCAGUUUUAAGAGAGAACUUGCAGAAUCAUCAUUCUCCGAAUCCGAUGACGAGUUGCUGAUUAACUUGAAGAAAGAACGAUUGGAUUGAUUUGAUUAGAUUAAUCAUGUUAAGUGUGGAAAUGGCAAGUGAUAUGCGAAUAAUCAUAAAUAAAAUACAUUAUUUAUCAUGUAUGUUUA